ACGGAAUAAAUGGGCCACUAAUAAAAUGGGCCACUAACUAUGACGCUGCACUUAGUAACACCUCACCUGGAGUCAUAAUUUGAUAGGCGAGGGAAGGACCGGAUGAUCAGAAACAAUCCUGCAUUACUUCUUCAUUCUCGCACACUUGUCUUAUGAUAAUACGUCUUUUUUUUCACAUACGUUUUUUUUGACAUAAGCUCCUUAUUUUUUCUUCUUCACUUUUCCACCUCUCAACUCCAAAUCCUACAAGUACCUAACCUAAACUUAUUCUUUAGUCCGAACAGAACAAUAAUUCCAAGUCCCUUUGUCGAGCAAGGCAGGUCCUUUUCGUUCCCGUUCCGUUCCGUUUCGCAUAAUCUUGACAAACGAGUCAAUGAAAAGAACACAACGAGUUAGCUACUUGUAGCGAUUUCAUUUCUCAGUAACAUAUAAAGAACCACUUCAGUGGCUACUUGAAAAUAAUAUGCUCGAAUAUUUAUAACGUCAUCUUUCAAGCUUCAGGCUGACGUUCUGAAUGUAUGAUGCCCGCUUUCCAGAUAGACCUGGAGCGGAGGGAGUCCGCUGAGAACUUACCGACGCUUGAUAUGGCACCACCAGCAGAUCAAUUGCAUAACAAUAGCGCAUUAAGGAAGAAGCGGUCAGAAGAGAGUAUCAGUAGCGAAUUAUGCGAUGGUCCAAUAGAAGACACCCCAGCACCUCAAAAGCCAGAGAAAAACUCCCCGACCGAGUGCACCGAUAGAUCGGAACUGAUCGAGCGAUUAAAAAGAGGAGAGAGUCCAACCUGGAGGCCAAAUCGACAUUUCGGAGCAAUAUGGGGACAACAACCAGUAACUCCUACUCGAAGUCCAAAACGCUCGACAGCGGAUUCGCCGUCCCUACUACCUUCAGCUACAAUAACUCCGGAAAAGCGAAGCACCGACUCGGCUGAUGAAGCAAGGCAGAGAGAGGGACUAAGUAUAGAGCGACCUCCUUCAGCUCUUCAUAGUGGCGACUUUACCCAUGACGAAUCUUCAGAGGAUGCCGGUGUUAUACUGGAUCGUCAACAAGCUCGAAAGGGACAAGAUUUCGAUGGUGUUAGUGAGUCGUGGUUAACUAUUCCAUCUCUGAAGGUUACUACUCGAUUCCCCCUUGAGAGCCAGCGGACCUCAGCGAGGGGACCAGAUGAGAUACUCCCAAGUUUUUCUCCUUUAUCCUCUUCUAUUUCUUCAAGUUUUAUAUAUAAACCACCUACUAGCCCUUUAGUUCAGUCAGAAAGUAAUGACGAUGUCGAUUUGGCUUCCCCUAUGGAUGGCAUUGAUAUCAAUUCAAGCCUUUCUGGAAAUCCGCACCGGAACCCAUUAGUAUCGUCUUAUUCAAAUUCAUACGCUAUCCCUUAUAGUCCGUCACCAAGGCAACCUACCUCUUUACGCCAAGAGAGAACGUUUCCUUAUCAAGCUCACCAACCUCGGCGAUCUCUCGCCUCAACUCCCAACUUCCCUACUACUACAUCUUCGCCUCAAACCCCUACUUUCUUCCGUUCAAGGCGCCCGUCGCUUGGUUCAGAAAUAUCACCCAUCCAGCAUGCUUCCAUGGUAGGGUCUUAUGAAGAAAGUAUCUUACGCGGACGAAUGUCUACAACCCCCUCAAAGCCUCUCGAUUUCUUAGCUCAGAUCGGCGUACUCGGGUUGGGUAAGUGCAAAUCAAGCUUACGAUGUCCGCCUCAUGUGACAUUGCCUUUCCCUGCCGUAUUCUAUAGUUAUGCCAACUCUUCUCACGGACGCUCUAAAAUUGAAGAUGGGCCGAGUCCGUAUGUUGGCCAGAUUGACUUGGAAAAUGGUCUUCCGAAUCAGGAAGAGGAAGCGAGGUCAAAGCGAAAGAUGCAAAGCCGGGUCUUGGACCGAAAAUUGGAAGAUGAUAAAACGGAUACGGGCAGCCGUCCCACGGAGCCGUUGGAACGUGACCCGCACAGAGCUCAACGAUCCAAACGUAGGUCCAGUUCUCCCAGGGCACCACCGGGGGGUAGCUACCGUAUCCCCGAGAAGGGGCAAGUUCAGAUUGUGAUCAAAAACCCCAAUAAAACCGCUGUGAAGCUAUUUCUAGUCCCGUACGAUCUGGCGGGGAUGGAGCCUGGUACAAAGACUUUCAUCCGGCAGCGAAGCUAUUCAGCUGGCCCAAUCAUUGAUAACAUGCCUGAAACAAAAGACCGCGAGGCCACAGACAAGCCAAUUCUAAGGUAUCUGGUCCAUCUGCAUAUAUGUUGUCCUUCGAAAGGUCGGUAUUAUCUGUACAAAAGUAUUAGAGUUGUCUUUGCAAACCGCGUGCCUGACGGGAAAGAGAAACUUCGAAAUGAGAUUUCUCUACCGGAGCCCAGGUUCACUAGCUAUAAGCCGAUCAGGGUUAUGCACCCUCCUACCUUGGCGGGUUCCGGUCCCGGUGCCAGUUUGGCUUCUGAUAAAGCGUUUAGACGACGCAGCUCUGGCUUCUAUUUCAAUACCCCUGGCCAAGCGUACGAUUCCACCGGCGGAAUUUCCCCUAAUCAUACGCUACACCAACCCUUUCUGUCGAACUUCGCAGGCCAUAACGUUCCAGUUGAACCCGUACCUCUCAGACAUGGUGGAAUGAGGAACAUAGUGGAUGAAGCCAGCAACGCAGGUCCUGCUGAUCUCUUGUCCCCAGAUUCCUCUCAAACUAGCCAGCCGGCCACGCAAUACUCGAGCGAUGUAUCGAGCUGGGGUGAACCGGACACUCAGUUCGAUAAAUACGACAAGCUUGCUAAAGGCGAUGUAGGCUACGGGGGGAAUGCGUUUGCCCGUCUCAUUAACGGUAACACCGGUGUUGCAGAGAGCCUAUUAUCGCAACGGCUGCGAUCAUUGGGCGUUGAUAGCCGUAUAGAAUAGGAUUCUGGAACAAUAGAGGAAUAGGUGUUUUGGAGUGAAAUAUCAUUUAACCCCGGUGUUUGGAUAGGAGAACUAUUAGUGUAUCUUUCGCUGGCUUCUGGGAAGGGUAAGCAGGGUUAUAUGCUGGGAGUACUUGGGCACUAUCUAGUGUGUAUAUUACGGCUAUGGGGUUGUAUUGAUCAUGGUAUAGCAGCAUUUGAUUCUACAUAACCUUGACUAGGUGCCUACCUCCUAACUGUUUAUAGCGGACAGAAUUUUUACUAAUAUAUUUUUAUCUUAAUCUAUCUUUCUGAUAGCCGGUAUAUUAAUUGAGUUUUAUAUCACUUGAA